UAUUAUUGAAUUUUAUAAAAUCAAAUACCAUGUAUUACCAAAAUUUUGAAAUCAAAUCUUUGGAUGUCCAAGAUAUUCGUUUUCCAACAUCUUUAGGGAAACAUGGAUCUGACGCAAUGCAUACUGAUCCAGAUUAUUCUUGUGCUUAUGUGACAAUAAGUUUAAAAAACACUUGUACCGUUGGAAAUGGAUUAACAUUCACAUUAGGUCGUGGUACUGAAAUUGUUGUAGCAGCUAUUCAUUCACUUUCUUCAUUGGUAGUUGGUGAAAAACUGGGUGAUAUUUAUAAUAAUUUUAGAGAUUUUUGGCGAAAAUUGACAAGUGAAUCUCAAAUACGUUGGAUUGGUCCAGAAAAAGGUGUAAUCCAUUUGGCUGUUGCAGCUAUUAUCAAUGCAUUAUGGGAUCUGUGGGCCCGUUUAGAAGAAAAACCUUUAUGGCGAUUGUUAGUUGAUAUGUCACCCGAACAACUUGUAUCUGUAAUUGACUUUCGUUAUAUAACUGAUGCAAUUACAGAAGAUGAGGCAAUACAAUUUUUGAAAGAAGGGAAAGAAAAUAUUGGUAUAAGAGUAAAUGAAAUUAUUUCUAUUGGUUAUCCGGCAUAUACUACUCAAAUAGGUUGGUUAGGUUACACCGAUACAUAUAUGAAAGAGAUGGGUAAAAAAUUUUUAGAUUUAGGAUUUAAAGACUUUAAAUUAAAAGUUGGGACAAAUUUAGAAGAAGAUAUACAUCGUUGUAAAUUGGCACGUGAAAUAAUUGGAUGGAAUAAUAAUUUGAUGGUUGACGCAAACCAAGUGUGGGAUACAAAUGAAGCAAUUGAAUGGAUGAAACAAUUGAAGGAAUUUAAAAUAAAAUGGAUCGAAGAACCUACAUCACCUGAUGAUAUUGUUGGGCAUGCAAAAGUAUCAAAAGCAUUAGAACCAUAUGGAAUUGGUGUUGCCACUGGUGAAAUGUGUUGUAAUCGUGUUAUGUUCAAACAAUUAUUACAAAUGAAUGCAAUACAAUAUUGUCAAAUUGAUUCAGCACGAAUUGGUGGUGUUAAUGAAAUAUUAUCUGUAUAUUUAAUGGCAAAAAAAUUUGGUGUACCCGUUUGUCCUCAUGCAGGCGGUGUAGGUUUAUGUGAAAUGGUACAACAUCUUCAAAUGUGGGAUUAUUGUGCGUUAACUAAGACAAAAGAUAAUCGUAUUAUUGAAUAUGUUGAUCAACAACACGAGCAUUUCGAAGAUCCAACAUUAAUAAAAAACGCAAAAUAUCAAGCACCAAUGAAACCUGGUUACAGUACGCGUUUGAAAAAGGAAGCAAUUGAUACAUAUAAAUAUCCUUGUGGAUCCUAUUGGAAGAGUAUAAAUAAUUGAUUUUUCAUUAGAAAAGAAAUAAUUAGGCCUCUAAGAGCACAAUAGCCCAUGGUUAAUGGAGUAUGAAAUCAAGUAAAAAUUGAUCACCAUAAAUCAAUAUGUAUAAUUUUAUCGUAUAAUUCAAUUAAUC